CCGCCAUUUGUAUUUCAGUACUGGUUGUCAAAACAAACCCGAGGUUCUGAAUCCAGGAAUAGUGAACACAUCGCCGUUAAUUCAUUCAAUUUUACAAUCUUGAUGUGUUUCUAGUUUCUUCAAGUGAGCGAUGGAGAAUAAAGUAUUUGGUCCGGGUGGAGGGAAAGGCGCUGAAACAGAUAAACUCAACAUCGAUAGUAUUAUUGCCCGAUUACUCGAAGUUCGAGGGUCUAGGCCAGGAAAGAACGUACAGCUAACAGAACAUGAAAUCCGAGGGCUGUGUCUCAAAUCCCGUGAAAUUUUUCUGUCUCAACCCAUUCUGUUGGAACUGGAAGCCCCCCUCAAAAUAUGCGGUGAUGUUCACGGACAGUACUACGAUCUACUCAGACUCUUUGAAUACGGAGGAUUCCCACCAGAGUCUAACUACCUAUUCCUGGGAGACUACGUGGACCGAGGGAAGCAGAGUUUAGAAACUGUCUGUCUACUUCUAGCAUACAAGAUCAAGUAUCCGGAGAAUUUCUUCUUGUUGCGUGGUAAUCAUGAAUGUGCCUCUAUUAACAGAAUUUACGGAUUCUACGAUGAAUGCAAGAGAAGAUACAACAUCAAACUUUGGAAAACAUUUACCGACUGUUUUAACUGUCUCCCCGUAGCAGCCAUAGUGGAUGAAAAGAUAUUCUGCUGUCAUGGAGGUCUCAGUCCUGAUCUACAGAGCAUGGAGCAAAUCAGACGAAUAAUGCGUCCAACCGAUGUACCAGACCAAGGACUGCUCUGUGAUCUACUCUGGUCCGACCCUGACAAGGAUACGAUGGGUUGGGGAGAGAAUGAUCGUGGAGUUUCCUUCACUUUCGGAGCUGAAGUAGUUUCUAAAUUCCUUCACAAACAUGAUUUCGAUCUUAUCUGCAGAGCACAUCAGGUUGUAGAGGAUGGUUACGAGUUCUUUGCUAAACGUCAACUUGUAACACUAUUCUCUGCUCCAAACUAUUGUGGAGAGUUCGAUAACGCAGGUGCAAUGAUGUCAGUAGAUGAGACGUUGAUGUGUUCAUUCCAAAUUCUCAAGCCUGCAGACAAGAAGAAGUUUCCCUACGGAGGAUUAAACUCCAGUAGACCUGUCACCCCUCCCAGGGGAGCCACUCAACAGAAGGGGAAGAAGAAAUAAACCAGACGCUCUGUUUGGAGAUUUACUCAUCAUUCAAGAUUGACUGUAUCCUGUAUCUGUUCAAGAAUGUAUCCCCCUCUCCAAUAAAAAUAAAUAAUUGUACUCUCCCCUCUCCACCUCUUCAUGAUUUUACGUCUACACAGUUUGUUAAAAUUAAAGUUCUAUUCUAAAAAUGUUAAUCUUCUAAAAGUUAUUUUCAUGUAGGUCUUAUCCUAGCUCCGCCCCCUCAGAAAAAAAAAACAUUUUUCUGUGCAUUCUUUACUUGAAAUGUCUCUAUAACCAUUCACCUAUCACAAACAUGGAAAAAAAUCAUUUUAAUCAUAUUUUUUUUUGCAAGAACAUACUGAAAAUUACUUUUAAGAACAACUAUCAAAAAUUUCAAAAGUUCAAAUUUUUUAAUUUUCACAUUUAGAGGUAGCUUAUAAUGGACUAUUUAUGAAGUGAAAUGUUCUGUACUACUAUUUUGUGAAAAGUUAACAUUGAAAUUUUCCAUUUUUGUUGUAAAUUAUAUAUACUGCAGAUGCAGCUUAAAUUGUAUGUACCGCAGAUGCAGAAUAAAAAACUCAAGGAUUUUCCCCAUCAAGAUAAAAAUUUCCAAUUCAUGUUCUCUUCGACUUAAUUUAAAACUGCCUGCUGUAUGGAUCAUCUGCUUUGAGAGCACUCACUUUUUUUAACAAUACCGUAAAUAUAUUUUAACAUGA